CUGAAAUUAAAGAAUUACAUAAAUAGAGAAAGGCAGCUGUGACGUUUUGAAUCUCAAAAAUAUCUCCGCCAUCUCUCCAUCUCUCUCUCUCUGUCGCUCGCACGCGCGCACGCAUUAUACACAGCUUCACUGAUUUAUCGCCUUAAAUUUCCAAAUCUUGGCGCGUCGGCUGAGCCCGGUUGCUUUUCGAAUUUUUUUUGGCUGCUCAAGUCUAUCCGAUUCUCAGUUCUCUAGCUGAUUCUAGUCGUUCCUGGAUUUUAGUGUAACUUCACUCUUACUCGGAACAGACUCCGUGCAAUGGAGACAGAUGAUUUGAUCAAACUCCCUGCUUCUAGUAAUUCUGAACAUGGAAGUGAGGCUGAUGAUCCACGUGAAUCCGGUUCUGAAGCCAUUAAAUCGGGUUCUCUACCUGUAAACUCUAAGGUGGUGGACGAAUUCGAUGGUUCAGAAAUGACAGAUUCAGUUUUGGUAGAGGAAAAAAUGACACCUCUCAGCUCUAUACAUGCUGAAAAUGGCACUCUAUCUAUUCAAAAUGAAACCAGUAUCAGCUGUCUUAAGAAAGAAGAAUCAAUUUUAAGUAAAAGGGCGAUGGACGACUCUAGUUCUUUACCUGGUGCUAAGAGACAACGAUUAACUCUUGAUGAACAACAACCUUCAGUGCAUGUAAUCUAUAGCUCUUUGCCGAGAGAAAGUAAGCAAAAGCUGGAAGGGCUAUUACAGCAGUGGUCUCGAUGGCAUUCACAGAGGUGCUCAUCAUCUGACGAUUCAAAUGUAGUGCUGGAAUCUGGAGAGAAGACCUAUUUCCCAGCUCUUCGUGUUGGCUUGGAUAAUUCUUCUGAAGUUACCUUUUGGGUGGAUGACCAAGCAAAGAUACAGUCAACUAAGGAGUUUAUACCAUUGGAUGGCACUUCCGUUCCUCUGUAUGAUCGUGGAUAUUCUUUAGCUUUGACUUCAGCUACUGCAACUUUGGAUGGAGGAGUGGAAAAGUUGGAUACGUCCCGUUGUUUCAACUGUAGUUCGUACAGCCAUGCAAUGAAAGACUGCCCCAAACCACGUAACAAUAUUGCUGUUAAUAAUGCUCGGAAGGAGCACAAUUCCAACCGAUCCAAACAUCCAAAUUCUCGUAACUCAACUCGAUACUAUCAGAGUUCCCGGGGUGGAAAAUAUGAUGGCUUAAAACCAGGUGUUCUUGAUGCUGAAACACGACAACUUUUAGGACUUGGGGAGCUUGACCCACCUCCAUGGCUUAACAGAAUGCGAGAAAUAGGAUAUCCUCCUGGUUAUUUAGAUCCAGACCUGGAGGAUCAGCCUUCGGGUAUUACAAUAUUUGGCGACGAUGAGUCAACGGUCAAGGCGGAAAACGAAGAAGGGGAAAUUCUUGAUGGUAGCUUCACCGAGCCAACUAGGAAAAUGACUGUCGAAUUUCCAGGUAUAAAUGCACCGAUUCCAGAAAACGCAGACAAAUGGCUUUGGGCAGCACCAUCAAGUGCAAACUCGUCUAGAUAUCGUUCGUCACAAAGCAGAUAUAACCACCAAUCAUCUGAAAAUCUUGGCCGAGGGCGUUAUAGUAAUAACACCGAGCAAAGGUGGUCUAGGGACUUGGAAGAAGAAGCGCCGCCACCUCCUCCUAUCAGCAGAUGGCAAUACAGUAAUUCAUUGGAAGAUGAAGGGCCGCCUGGGUGUGAACCUGGAACUAGCCCUUCUCUUUCGAACCAUAUCCGUAGAUAUGGUGAACAUGAUUCUAGUUACUAUUCGCGCAGCCCGCGGGUUGACCCGUCAAUACCGUGGAGCCCCACAUAUGCAAGAUCGUUAUCGGACAGAAGUAGAAGAAGCCCGUCUAGAUAUGGUCAGUAUGGUAAUUUGCCGUAUUCGUCUCCCAGGUAGAAUAGGUAAAGAAUAAUAUUAGCAUCUGGUGAGAUAAAAUAUCAGAUUUUUGUUUUUGUUGAUGACUUUGUAGCACCAGGAUUUUAGACAGGUUAUUUGCUUAAAAGCUAUUCCUGCAAUUAUUGGGCCUUGGCUUUGUUAAUUUGAAAUGAGUGAUGUUUAUGCAGAGGAUGUCUGAAUUUGAUUGUUCAUAAAUCAUAAUUACUUCUUUAGAAAAUUAAUAUUAUUUUCUUUAUUAU